UUCACGGUGGAAAGAUGUAAGACUGAGAGAGAGAGAGAGAGAGAGAGAGUUUCAUACUGGUGGAGCUACGCUAAAACUUUUUAACAUCAAGCAUUUAUUUCAGUAAUUUGUUUUUAGAGAAAUGAUAAAAAUGCAAUACCUAAGGCUAUUGAGCACAGUUCAAUUUGUUGAGAAGAGCAGACUGAUGGAUGAUUUUGGAUGCUUUUUAGUCCACGGGAAAAAUAUACAGAGAGGAAAAAAGGUCAGGUUCUGCUUGAAAGGUGGGCUGCUGUCGCACGUGCAGGACACAGACCCCGAGUAUCUAGAGUCAUGACCUGCCAGGCCUUCAGCACCACCGAUUCCUUCACAACUCUGAGCGGAGAUUCAGCUGCUCUGCCGCUGCUCAUGCACCACAGCGGAGCCGCAGACUGUCUGCCCGUCUCCAGCCAUGCUGCCAACAUGGUGAAUCCAGUCCACUCAGGUCUCCCACUGGUCCAGUCAUCCAAACGCUCUCAUAUGCACCUGUCCACUUCUGCUUUAAGUAAUGCCUCAGCCAGCCUGCACUACCCAAUGCCCCCAUGUCACUAUAGCAACCAGCAGACCACCUACGGCAUGAUGGCAGCACAGGAAAUGCUCUCUGCCAGCAUCUCCCAGACCCGCAUCCUGCAGACCUGCAGCGUGCCUCAUGCCAACAUGGUCAACGGAGCCAACUCACUGCAAGGAGCUCUGGCUCCACGCCUCUAUAAGUUCCCCGAGCAUGGUUUGGGUGGGGGCUCUUGUGCUUUGACCCACAGCUUCCCGCCGCUGCCCCAGGCCCUGCUCACGGACGAACCCACUCUAGGUGACAUCAAGCAGGAGCUGCGCAGGAAAAGUCGGCCCCUGGAAGAGCCGCCCGAUAUGGACUCACCUCAGAUCCGUGAACUGGAGAAGUUUGCUAAUGACUUCAAACUGAGGAGGAUCAAACUAGGUUACACACAGACCAAUGUGGGUGAAGCACUGGCGGCUGUGCACGGAUCUGAAUUCAGCCAAACCACCAUCUGCCGCUUCGAGAACUUGCAGCUCAGCUUCAAAAACGCCUGCAAGCUCAAAUCUAUCCUGGCAAAGUGGCUGGAGGAGGCUGAGCAAGCUGGUGCUCUUUUUAAUGAGAAGAUGGGCAUGCAUGAGCGGAAACGGAAACGGAGAACAACCAUCAGUCUUGGGGCUAAGGAAGCCUUAGAAAGAAAUUUCGUGGAGAAGAGCAAGCCAUCAUCUCAGGAGAUUGUGCGAAUGGCAGAGGGUCUCCAUCUGGAGAAGGAAGUGGUCCGUGUGUGGUUCUGUAACCGCCGGCAGAGGGAGAAGAGGGUGAAAACCAGCCUACAUCAUAGCUCGUUCAUGGCCAAAGAGACAGCCUGUAGACCCUGAAUCUCAGCGAUGCUGUACUGUGAGAUUGUCCAUAGGCAAAAAAAUCAACAACAAACUUUGGCAGUGAGUGGGUUUUUUGUACUGACUCACCAGCAGGAGUGAGAAUAUAAAGUGACCCCAAAAAGUAUUUGAGCACACCUAAAAAUGUCUGAAUGUUAGAUAUCAAAAUAUCAAACCAAAUGACAUCUGCAAACACACUAUGACCUUCUGAAACAUUUGGUGUCAUUUAAAACAGUUCACACAAGUAUUCUAUUACACACAGGUGUAAUUCAUCACAUUACUGUAAAACAUUUUCAGCUAGUUAAGCUUAGAAAUGUAAGUUCACCUGCUGCCUUAAAAAUGUGAGUUAACUCAACUUGAAGAUAAGCUUUGUUUCAACUCAAAAAUAGUCAAGACAACGCAUUACUUUAAGUUAAAAUUUAAACUUAAAAUAAUGCAUUGUCUUGACUAUUCGUGAGUUGAAACAAAGAUUAUCUUCAAGUUGAGUUAACUUAUGUUUAGUUGAGUUAACUCAUAUUUUUAAGGCAGCAGGUGAACUUUCAUUUCUAAGUUUAACCAGCUGAAAAUGUUUUGUACUGUAUGAAUAUGAUCCACUAAUGUUUGAUGAAUACAUAAGCUGUGUUCGAAAUCACCCCCUAAACACUUAUUCACUAUUUCCUAUAAUACUCCUCUAAUGUAGUUCACAUGAAGGAGUGAAUGAAAACUAGUGAGUGAAUUCGGACACUGAAUGCGCCGGAAAGGCUGCUGCUUUUGCUUAAUUUGUGCUUGUUGUUUAAUAAUUAUUUGAAACUUGUGAUGAAAAAGAUUUAUCUUGAACUCUGUCAUGGAAACUAGCAAGUAUAAACCUUAGUUAAAUAAUUUAAGAAUUAAUUAAAAAGGAAUUUAUACCUGUAUUAAAUUACGCUGUAGCCACAUUAGACCAGCUGUUUGGAAAUGGAUGGAUGGAUGAUUCAGCUUCUGGCAAGACACGGGAAUUCAUUCACAGUGUAUUAUAGGUAUUCUCUAGCCGUUGAGUGCAUAUAUAUAUAUAUAUAUAUAUAUAUAUAUAUAUAUAUAUAUAUAUAUAUAGGUAGAUGCCACAUUCGACCACUUCAGACACAUCAGCGUGUCCGCCAUCUUGGAACAGUCAACAUGUCAUCACUCACAAUAAGAAUCAAUGAUGCCACAACAUCGCGCAGCUUCUGGUUGUAAAAACCAAGGUUUAAAUUCCCGAAGAAAUGGGAUAACCUUUCACAGGUGAGAAUGUGUGGGUUUGUUUUUAUAUGUAUUAACUCAAAAUUACAGGUUUUUAAACUACUUUUUAAUGUUGUGUUAGCUGACGCCUUUGUCUUGUUGUAGGCUGUUGUGUUAGUUUAGUGAAAUCAUCUGCUAAAGUCUACUGUAGAUAUAGAUAUUCAUAAUGCAUCUAACUACGGUUGCAGAUGCAGCUCUCGAAUGUUCAUGGACCGGCUUUGAUAGUUCCAAUAUGGCAGAUGGCUUAGGAAUAGUGGCCCAAAAAAAAAGACACUAAUGAGGCAUCUAUGUAUAUAUAUCUAUGGUUGAGUGUACAUCAGUUGUAAUCACUCUAAGUUGUAACUCAUUGCGGUGCAUUAUGGGGUUAAAUGAGUGCACUCGAUAACAUCCACCAUGGUUUCGGACGCCACUACAAAUGGCUGUCCCCUCAAAUAGUGCCCUAUUUAAGGGAAUAGGGGGCGAUUUUAGACACAGCCAUGUCACAAUACUUUCUCUUAAUAUUUUAUAUUUAAAUUUUGCCAAAUUUUGUUAAAUGUCUUGUUUGAAUAGGUUAAAAUGAACAGCAGUUGGUUUGGUAUUGUGUUCUAUAGGCUAAUGCAAUGAUUUUCUUUGAAUUUUUGAUUAUUUUUUUGCGUUUUAUUGCUUUAUGAAUUAUAAGGGAAUUUAAGCAGCCUUCUCAUUGAAAUCUAAACUUGAGCAGUUAACAGACAUUUUAACAUUUUUUUAAUUUAAUUUUUUAUAAAAGAGUGUUUGUGCUCUAAAAUAGGAUCUUUGUGAUGCUUUCUACAUUUAAAAGUACUUAAAAGGGCAGAAUAGCAUCUUGAUACUUUUUAAUAUUGUUAAAAUAAUUUAUUCAUCAUUAAUAUAUUUAAAUACAUUCCAAUCAAAGUUUAAUAUAUUAGCAAAAUAUGCAAAUAUUCUAAAAACAUAACUGAAAACACAUCCUGGAAAUGUGUGAUUGCACUGUAGUUUUGUAUGAAGCAGCCCAACCUUUUUUUUGCAAUGUCAUUUGUAUCGAAAUGAUGAAUUUGACCAAAUAAAUGACUAAUAUUGUG